GCAUAAAAAUUGACAAUGUUCUGACCGAUUGAACGAAAUUUUGGAACGUCAAUGAAUAGUAAUUAUUUUGUUUACUUAUUUGGACUUGGAGUGUGUAUUGCAGAAGCGAGCUGACCGAUUUGUAGAUAAUAUUCAGUUUGGGGGCUCACUAUCUCAGCACCUUUGACCUCUUUGUCACUGAUGGCACGCUAGAGGCCCAAUAAUAGAGGGAGAAUAACAUUGGCGCUCGCUUUGGUAUGGUGAUCUCUCUCCCUGGCGAAUUGAUGCGAUGCGCAGCUACACAUAGGUCAGGGAUGUCAGUGACUAAUUAGGCAAGCUGUUUGACGUACUAAACAACCAUCAAAACGAAGUUUCCGGUCAGAACUUUUGUUUUGAUCAUCCAUCAGUGGUCCAGUGUCUGUGAUCAUGAAGAGUGUAAGUGUUAUCGCACUGCUGUGUCUUGUGCAGGGAUAUGCUAUAAUCAGCACCAAAGGAGAUGUAUUGUUUGAUACAUUAGAAUUGUCCAAAGAAUCCAGUCCAGAACUUGAUCAUGACGAAAUCGGGAGCCUAGAUCCUUCACUGAGCCUUCCUGACAGCCCCUUUUCACCAGACACUGAAGAUGAUCUGCAACUUAUGUUGGCAGAUGAAGGUGUUGAGAAUAAUGUUGUUGACAUCCCAAUCGUAUCUCCCAGCGUCGAUGUUGUUGAAAUAGAAGAAACAACCGUUGUUUCAUCUACAUCAACAGAGUCAACUUCUCAACCAGAGACAACAACGGAAGUCCAUUGGACAACAAAAAUUGUAGCUCCAUCAAGCACUACAACAACUGAACCCGUUCAAGAAAAUGUUGAGCGAGACGAGCCAGAAUCAACAACAACUUCCACAACUGCCACAACAACGAUACAAGAGAACGAUGAAAACGAGGAGACUGAUUCAACAACCACAGAAUACUCCACUACUCCAGACGUCUCUACAACUCCAGAGGCUUCAAUUACCACCACUGAAGACACCGUCCAGAUUGCGAUUGAGGAAACAGAGAGGAGAAAUAAGGAGUUGGCUCUCAGAAAAGUGAACAAGCUGUCUGAUCAAAUACGAUUGGUUCUGCAGCAGUAUAAGAAAACAAAAACUGUGAAGAUACUCGAUGUACCCAUACCAGAUCCAAUGUCGAUUCCAGAAAUCACAACCCGUUACUCAUCGCUGGGAACGAUCAAUUUCAAAAAUAUGGUGGUCUAUGGUCUCUCAAAUUUCACAGUCAAACACAUCAACACCGAUCUCGAAAAAAUGCAGGUUUACGUGAUGCUGAAAAUAGAUCGUCUAGUAACUAUAGGCAAUUAUUCGAUGAGAACGUGGUUCUCAAGAGCUGCCGGUCCUUGCACUACGAUAAUGUACAACGUGACGGCUGAGAGUGCAGCUGCGUUGCAGCGUAACGAAGAUGGUGAUCUUGAGGCAUCAGAAUCAGAAAUGGAUAUGACAUUCGAGGAUGUGAAACUGGACUUCAAGAACUUGGGCAUGAUGGGAGCCGUGUUCCAAGGCGCCAUGGGAUCUGUAGCAUCAUUGAUGUUCGAUGGCAUGAAACCUGCCAUUCUCGGCGAAGUCAACACAAAACUCAGAUCCGAUGUGAAUAAGAAGUUGAAAACAAUGGCCGCAUCUUUGAAACUGGCCGAUAUGAAUCCAGUAGACCAGGCUGUUAUGGAAGGAAGGAGAUACGUUCAGGACCAAGGAUACGAUCCGUAUUUCCUCAAAAACUUCACGAGAGAUUUUGGCCUGAUCACAGUUAAUGUCACCAAUUUCUAUUUGCGUGGAUUGUCCAGGUUCUAUAGAGUUGGUGAGAUACCAUUUUCCAUGGAUUCAGGAGUUGUGGAAGCUGGAUUACAUGUGGCUACCAAUCGUCUGAAUGGAAGCUGUAUUUGGUCUGUGGGUAUUGGCCACACAGUCAUCAGGAAUGGAAGCCUAGACUUCUCAACUGAACAAUUACAGAUUCGUGGUGUAGUGAGGCAAUCAUUGGACCUUGAAGAGCAGCCGAAGCUACAUGAUCUGGACAUCUUGCUGGGCAGACUUGAGCUGAAAACAGCACGAAUCGACUCACUCGACUACUUUGUCGAGACGGCUGUCAACAAUCUGCCAUCGUUGCUCAGGCACAUCAUUGUGGAUGGCUUGGAGGAUCCAAUCAAGUUCAAAGUCCAACAGAUAUUGGACGAGGUUGACGUACAAGCUAUUGUUAAUGAAACUCUCCCAGCAAUUGAUAAGUUUGGUGUUUGAAAUGUUUCAUAGUUGAAAGUAGCCUAUAUAAUGCUUCAAUAAAACAUCCUAAUUCAUAAUUCAUCAAUAAAACCAACCAACCUGAUUAUUUAUAACUCACACUAAUCUAUAUAUCAUCUAUCUAACCAAGUUUUGUUACCGUACCUAUAAUAAACUUGAAUAUUAUGGAAUA